UAUUCCUCGCACCGGAAGAGAAGGGGUACAUUUCCCAGCCAUCUUGUGGCAGUAUCUAGCGAAUUGUUCGCAGCCAGCCUCGUAGAAUCGGAGGUAAAUCCCGCUGAAGGGGCGCCAUCAUGCCCGGACAACUGCAAGAAGGCUUCGGCUGCGUCGUAACGAAUCGGUUUGACCAGCUAUUGGAUGAUGAAUCAGAUCCGUUCGAGGUGUUAAAGGCGGCGGAGAACAAGAAGAAAGAGGCGGCCGCAGCUAGUAUCACCAAGUCUGCAGCCCAAGCUGCCAAGCAGCCCAAGAAAGAGUCACAGAAGGACAGGAAGAAUCCGCUCCUUGACAAAAAAGAUGAAACUCAGGCUCCAGUACCUCCGAAGAAAGAAGCAGUUAUCAGGCGGGUGGGCCGAAGGUCGGACCAGCAGGGCCAGCCUGGCACCCAGGGCGGGCAGGGGGAGGGGCGGCCCACCGGCGACAGGAGGCCGGACAACAGGAGACCCCCACGCGAGCGCCGCUUCGACAAACCCCUUGAAGACAAGCCCGACGGUGGAGAAAGAGGAGAGUUCUCUGCAGACAAGCCUCUAGGAGACCGGCCCCCCAGAGGGCGUGGUGGCAGCCGUGCUGGGCGUGGUGGACGGGGACGGGGCAUGGGCCGGGGCGACAGCUUCGACUCCCGCGGCAAACGGGACUUCGACAGACACAGCGGUGGCGACAAACCUCAGAAAUCUGAGGAGAAGCGUGGCGGGAGUGGUGUUCACAACCGGGGAAACCCCAAGGACGAAACGAGUGUUGAUGCCGAACAGACUACUGCCCCUGAGGAAACCCCUGAGGGAGUGGAACACACCCCUGCUGACUCUGAGAAUAAGGAGAACGAAGUAGAGGAACCUAAGGAGGAGGGCCCCAAGGAGAUGACCCUGGACGAAUGGAAGGCCAUGCAGGAUAAGGAGCGUGCCAAGGUGGAGUUUAACAUCCGCAAGCCCAACGAGGGCGCCGACAGCAAGUGGAACAAGGGCUACAUGCUGCACAAGUCCAAGAGUGAAGAUGUCAGCGAUGAAAAGCCUAAAGAUAGACCAGCUGUGAUUGAUACUCCGGAGAUUGAAGAGUUGACCCCCUUGUUCAAGGGCAACCCUGAUGAAAUCGGCCCGGACCACCACUUCCGCAAGCCCGCCAACGACAUCACAGCCCAGCUGGAGAUCAACUUUGGAGACCUGGGCCGCCCUGGGCGCGGGCGCGGGGGAGCCCGCGGAGGAAGGGGAGGCCGCGGUGGAGGAGGCGGCCGAUCCGACCGUCCGGUUCGCGCAGGGGGAGUUCGACCCGAAAAGCCAGGUGGAGUGUCUGUUCCAAAUGUUGACGACCCGGAGGCCUUCCCAGCCCUGGCCUAAGACUUCAGCAUCGCCACCAGCCCGCUCCGUCAGCACCUCCGCCCCCCUCCUAUGAGGCUUGCAUGCUUACAACUUCAAGUAUAUGAGAGAAGAGAAAAAAAAGGAAAUGAUUUUAACAACGAAAAGAAGACAGUCAUCCAUACCAUUCACAGCUGAGGACUGAAAUUUUAACCUGUUUUGAAAGGACUGAUAAAAAGACAAAAAAAAGAGGAAAAAAUACUUCUCUUGUUACACUGAAGCAAGUUAUUGGUAGAAGUUUUGUAUUUAGAGACAAGAUAGCAGGGAUGUUUUCAUAUAUUAUUUGUUUUUUUCAGAGAUUAUGCGUAUAUACUUCAUGGAUAUUUUUUUGUAUUGCUGCUUGAAUAUAUGCAUUUCCAAGAUUGAGGUUGAAGUGUGUGUGUUCCACCUUAGGCUUUGGCUGGCUUUCCUCAUGACUUUACCUGAAUAUUUUGUGGUCAUCUUAGACAAGCUUUUAUUUUGAAGGGGUGACUUAAGUCAUGCAUUACUCAGAUGUUAAACUUAAACUAUGUUUUAGUACCUUUGUACUAAAUCUAUGAACUGUGUUUUUAAAAGUAGUGACUCCUUAUAAGUAAUGUUUCUGCUUGUUAUGCAGUGAAAGUUGAUGCCUCUGGUUUCCUUUUAUUUUCCUAUUGAUAGCUUGGCUCUUAUUUUUCUGGUGGACCAGUGGUUGGUGUGUUUUAUCCCUGGUCCAGAUGUUACUACCUGUGUCUUUAGGGCAGCCAUGGCCCAAAUGUGUAUCUAGGCUGGUCCUUGUAGGUUGUACAGGCUAUACUAUUAGUAACCUUAAGACCACUAUGCGAAUAUAUUGUAUUUUGUGUGUGUGUGUGUGUGUGUGUGUGAGAAGGUGUGAUUGGGUUGACUGUGAACAAUAAAUACUUAAACACUUGAAGUACUCCCCUGCCACGAACUUGACAUUCUCCAGGAACUUGACCACAAGUUCAAAAGCAGCUCGGUUUGGCCUGAAGUAGUUUUUAUUUCUGAGAACAUAGAAACGACUAUCUAGGUAAGAUUGUGGACAUAUCUUGCAAUUCGAGUAUUUGAUAAAUGUAGUAUUUGUAGUCCUAUCUUUUAGAGUUUGCAAAGCACUUGUUCCUAUCAGCACCAGAACUCUGAAGUAAAGCCCUUUUUUAAAUUGUAUUUUAUUUUCCCCUCUUGUGAUCAUCUUUGCUGUUAUUUUUGCAUUUUGUUAUAAUUACUACAGCAGCACUACAGCAUAAUUUGUCUGAAAGAAAUGUGCCGUUCAAUGUGGACCAAUCGAGUGCUACAGAAUGUAUGACUGCUAAUCGUGCUUGUAGUCAUCUGUGUCUUGCAUUUCCAGGCUAGGUUUUAUUGUACCGAAGUAGGUAUACUUCACACAUUGGGUUUGGGGAAGGGGUACAUUUUACUAUUUUAAGUGACUGAAAGCUUUAUAUUCCAAUGCUCUGGAAAUACUUGCUGGUAAUACAGGGACACAGGUGACUGGAGCAAACCUUUUGUAGGACUGUUUGAGCCAUUUGACGGUAGACUUUUCUGCAAACAUCCCUGUUCUAAUAAAUUGCUUAGAGGUGUUAAAUGUAUUUCUGCCCCUGGCAGUGAGUUGUGUGAGAUCAUUACUGUGACUUUUAAAAAGAACACUCUUAAAAAAAAAAAGUGUUUUUCUAUA